CAUUGAAACAAGAUGGCGCCGUCAUGGGGACCCUGUCCUGUGGUGAUGGCUUUACUAUGGCUGGCUUUCUGCAGUCGGGGCCACACUGACUCGGGGACGGAGGAGUACUUGAAGCGGGCGCAUAGCCUGACGAAGCCCUACCAGGGUUUGGGAGCUUCAAGUUCUGGUACUUUCUGGGACAUUAGUGGAAACACAAUGGUGACCGCCCAUUAUGUACGGCUGACUCCCGACCUGCAGAGUAAACAGGGAGCUAUUUGGAACCACAUUGCUUGCUUGAUGCGAGACUGGGAGAUGCAGGUACACUUCAAAAUCCAUGGACAAGGAAAGAAGAAUCUGAACGGCGAUGGGAUUGCCGUGUGGUACACCAAAGAUCGCAUGCAACCAGGUUCAGUAUUUGGAAGUAAGGAUCUCUUUUCCGGACUCGGAAUAUUCUUGGAUACCUACCCAAAUGAGGAGAAACAGCACGAGUCUAAGAAGAGGAGAUAUACACCUUCUACUCAGCGAAUCUUCCCGUAUAUUUCGGCAAUGGUGAAUAACGGGAGCUUGUCUUACGAUCACUCGCGGGACGGUCGGCCCACGACGAUCGGAGGAUGCACGGCUCUCGUGAGAAAUCUCAACCACGACACCUUUGUUGUGAUCCGUUACCUGAAGAGAAGACUCACGGUUAUGAUUGAUAUUGAUGGCAAGAAUGAGUGGAAAGACUGCAUUGAUUUCCCUGGCAUCAGACUGCCAAUGGGUUAUUAUUUUGGUGCUUCUUCUGCUACUGGAGACUUGACAGAUAAUCACGACGUUAUAUCAGUAAAGGUCUAUCAGCUAACGGUGGAAAAAUCUCCUGGCGAUGAGGAGGAGGAAGAGGAUGAGGAGGUGUUGAUCCCCAGUGUGGACAACUUCAGCUUGCUAGGAGAUGAUCUGGAAUCUGAGCCGAUGAGUGGCGUGACAUUGUUCUUCAUCAGCUUUUUCUCACUCGUGGGCCUCAUGGUGCUGGCGGUGAUUGGAAUAAUCGUCUUCCAGAAGUGGCAGGAACAGAGCCGUAAACGCUUCUACUGAGGCCCAUGCGGCCACCACUGGGAACCGCAGGGCUUGGGAUGACGUUCCUUCAUCGGGGAUGAUGAUUGCACCAGCUUGGCUCUUCAGUUACUCUGUGUACAGCUAGCUACUGGACCUUGCCUUGUACUUGGGCAGCUAAAGUCCCCACUGUCACAAAGCAAUCGACUUGGGCGAAUUGUACGAGCGAAUGGCCACAAUAGUGAAGACUUCCAUCGCAUCUAUGUGAAAGCACUGCAGAAAAAUAACCCCAUUGGAGGACAAAGGCGAAGGAAGAGUUCUUACAACAUCCUUCUCUCGCUGAACGAGGUGACACUGUUGUAUGUUGUCUAUGGAAUGUUGGGAUUACUGACCUUCUCUAAAUAUGGUAUUCCUCUCAUCACCACUGUGGGCAUUGAAGAAGCCUAUUGUUCUCUGCAAGUUGAUAAACAAACCACUGCCAGCAAAAGUUAGAACAAGGGAAACCAAAAUGAGGAAGGUCAUUAAGUGACUACCUCUUUUAAUUCUGACCCAAUAGGACAUGUGCUCUGUGGAAUUGAUACUGCUCUGCCUCGCAGUGAGACUUUAUUACUUUCAGCUGUGUUUAUUUAUCAGGGAAGUGAGAAGAGGCACUUGAAAUGUUUCAUGAUCUAUGUUAAAAUGAGUAGACAUUUUUAAAAAGUGUGUGGGGAAGUUGAAUGUUUUGUGCUGCUGAUUUAAAUGUUUUCCUGUGACGG